AUUAACAAGUUCACGCGAUCAUGGACUCCGAUGCCAACUUGAGGUUGAACUUCGUCAAAAUCUUGGUCGUAUCUGCACUUUUCCCUCUUGUGUUCUGCAUUUCUGAGCUAUCUUGACUUCUUUGUACUGCCUCGCUUUGCGCUCUAAGCUACAGUGAAUUUUCUUCGCGAAGCCAUGUUCUCCUCAUCUCCUACUCGGACGUCAUCACGGUUUGGGGCUGGUGACUUGAAUCCUCUGAGUCAAGUGCCCGCCGAAUCGCCUCCAUAUCGGGUUCCUCUGCACCCUUCCAUGGCGUUUGACGUUAGCCGACACACUGUGUCUGACUACAAUUUCUAUCUGGUCCCUACUAGCUCCCCUGCGAGCGGCGCAAAAGUUCCACCUCUGGCACCUGUGCUCUCUGCAGAUUUAUCUCCAACAAGCGAUUUCCAACACGGUCAAUUAAUGGGUCCCCGUUCAAGAAUUAUCUCCAAGACGACAGCCGGUCAAACAUCAAGGACCCAACCUCCUCGCGUCGAUCUCGACCCAAAUAAACAACGUGAAUUGGAUAUCAACUCAGCCAGAGAACCAAGUUUCAAAGGCCACCCUGAUGUUCAAAUUUACGACACCUACCUUCACGAGAGCGAUGCAAUGGAGGAUCUUGCCCCUUCUGAUUAUCACUCUGAUACUAGCUUUAACCCCAUAGAUCAUUCGAGUGAUGGCGAUAGCUACUCUGAAUCUGAUGGCGAAAGCUCUGCAGGUUCUUCUUCACUCCAUGAAGGCGUUGACUCCGCCGACGAAUCUCCAGGGAAUUUUUCGCACAUUGGAAGAUCCCGUCUGGGACUGCGACUUCCUGUAACAUCAAUGUCCGGGGACGAUAUUCACGUCUUCCCAGACAAUAAUGCCCAAUUCGCCGCUCAAAGGAUGUCAAAAGACGUCAUUCCCCGAGAUACUGGACGCGUCAAACGGGAACAGAGUGUUAGGUUAUUGGCUAGCGUUCCCGCUGCGGCAGAACAAACUUCUCCUGUUCGUGUUGGUCACGGUAUCAAGGCAACGACGAGCGCGUCCCUAGAUUUUUCCAAGGGCCCCAACCCAAGUUCAAACUUUCUUACUGGGGAAAGCGAUGAUCCUGCCGCUGUCAAAGUCGACCCGCAUAUCUGGAGUACCUGGAAUAUCAACAGUUGGAAGAGCAUUCCUACCGCGCAGGGGUAUUCACUCUCGAUGCCUCGUCCUUAUCCUCCUUUACAAUUUACGAACGCCCAACUUCGGCACGUAGUGGAAAAACACCCAUUACCUGACGAUAAAUCGUCAAUUUGUCGUACCUCUACAUCUGUCGAUACUUUCUCCACAUGGGACGCAUUUCGCGCCGAAUAUCUGGAGCUGUGCAAAGCGUUGAACUUUCCCCAGGCUCGUACUGCGCAAGAUUCGAGUGGUUGAUCGACACAUCCAACUGCGGAUUGCACUGCAAACAAAAAGCCGCCUCUGCAUCUAUGUACAGUAAACGUGCAAACUCGUGAGUACUCAGUGCUAUGCUUGAAUGGUCUAGAUGAUUUUAUGAAAGCAAAGUUCCAGAUUCCUAUCUCUCUAAAUAUACUGUACACCGAUUCCCGACUCGGGACUCUCUAUUACAGUCAGCCGGAGAUCAAACAUCCAACUUCAAAUCCUAUUCCUAGCAAUACCCCACAUCUGGCUCCCAAAUUGGAUAUUCGACUGUUCUUUUGUCCUGUACCUUGUCUGUUCCUCUGCCUUUCUUGCCGUCGAUAUGGUUACUGGAAUUCUCGUUUUGUAUGGAUACGAGCGUCUUGCACGAUUACAUGGUCAACUUUGCUAAUCAAGUCAUUCAUUCGGGCCGAACACAACGUUGUCUGACAAGAAUCGCGAUGUCUGGCAGCUUAAUACCCUCAAGCCCCAGGCCCUGUCUCCGGCCAAGACAGGGAACCCCCUGCAAUGUGUUUCGUUCGUUCGUUCCAAGUAUCGCUUCGGCACCUGUUGUCCAAUAGAAAGAAAUCACCUGAUCCACCC